AUGGCAGACUUCAAGCAACAGCCCCCGGCGUAUCAAGAAGAAGCCGACAAGCUCCCCGAGGUCCAGUCUCACGCAGUCGAGCUCCCCAGCCACGGAGAGCCAUCGCGGUCAAGGUCAUCGACCAUGCGUAACAUCCACAAGCCCAUCGUCAUUCCUCAAACCAUCAACAUGUUCUACGUCCGCUCAUUCUCACCCUUCGCCCGUGCCUACGCCCCCGCCCUCGCCGACCUCCCCAACCCCAUCUCGCAAGACGAGUUCCUGGCCUUCAUCGACGGGCUCAACGACGCCUUCAUGAUGCACCCGUUCUUCCAGGCGGGCUUCAUGGCGGGCGGCAUGGUCAUGUCGGCGCCGAUCCUGCCGGUGCAGAUCGCAGGCGGCGGCCUGCAGGCGCUGGCGGCGCUGGGCUCGGGCGCGGUGACGCUGCUGCGCGCGAAGCAGUUCCUCAAGCGCGCCAACGCCGACAUCUUCAACCCGCGCGGCCUCGCCGUGCGCACCUGCACCACCAAGCGCAUGAUGCAGGCCGUCGGCCGCGGCGACGAGACGCGCCUCACCCUCCCGCCGCUCGAGGACGUCGACGACCUCGUCCACGGCCUCACCCAGACCACCACCACCACUUCCUCCGACGGCGGCCGCCCACCCCUCCACAGCAGGACCCCCAGCACGACAUCAGCGGCGUCGGGAUCGGCGUCAGCCCAAGAAGGCGGCGUACCGAUGGAAGACCCGCGCAUGCGCCGCCUCCGCGCGCUCGAAGGCUCCGUCACGCCCGUCACCUUCGACGUGCCGCCGGCGCCGCUGCCGCGCGGCGCCCUCAAGCGCUACAGCACCGCGCCGACGCGCUGGAUGAACGGCCGCAACGUGCGCGCGCUGACGACCGCCCGCGAAAAGGGCCUGCGCGAGCGCCGCGAGAAGGCCGCCCAGCUCGACGACGAGCUCACCGCCGCGAACCGCGAGAUCGAGGAGCUCGAGCGCCUAGCCGCCGCGCAGGAGGUUGUCGAGGAGCAGUACGUUGCGAAUCAGCAGCGCGCAGCCGUCCGUCCCGCAGGCCAUCAGAGGAUGGCGAGUCAGGAUCUGGCUGUCAGUUUGGAGAAGAGGGCGCAGAUUAUCGAGGAGAUUAAGAAGGCGGGUGAGAAGAAGAUUAAGAAGAGUGAUAAGAAGGAGGAGAGGAUUGCGAACAGGAUUCUUUGGAUUGUUAUUACGACGACGGAGAAUGCGCCGCCCGAGGACGACGAGGCGCUGUCGGAGCUGGCGGAUGAGUCGAGUCACUGA